CUCCCUUCUGUCAUGAACAUCGGACAGAAAGACCUCUACUCUUUCUACUUUUCAACAAGCGGUCCGGACUAGCCGAAUAUCCAAAACACGUCAGGCAGCUGGAUGAUACACGUCAAGACUUCAGUCAUUGUCAACAUUCCCUCACCGUUAAUUUCAAUAUACAUCUCGAACUAUGAGCCACUCAACCUCUGAGAACGGCACCAAGCCAGUCAUCUCAGAAAACACACCUCUCCUCGGCAGCUCGACCAAUGAGCCUGUCAGCGAUGCCGAAAUCCUCAACCAUGAGGCCCACGAGAAUGGCGGUCCAAAACCGCAUCACGAGAAGCCCCUUCCCAAACUCCAAAUCUUUCUCCUCUGCUACGCCCGAAUAGUCGAGCCCAUCGCCUUCUUCGGCAUCUUCCCCUUCAUCAGCGAGAUGAUCUACAAGACUGGAAAUAUUGAGCAAACUGAUGUGGGGUUCUAUACUGGCCUCAUUGAAGCAAUGUUCUCAUUCACGCAAAUGAUGCUGAUGAUUCAAUGGGGUCGUGCUGCGGAUCGCAUUGGAAGGAAGCCAGUCCUUGUUUUCUCCCUUGCUGGGAUGGCGAUCGCGACGGCUAUCUUUGGGCUCAGCAAGAGUAUUUGGCAGAUGGUGCUUUUCAGAUGUUGCGCUGGAGUCUUUGCGGGGACUAUUGUGACUGUGAGAGCGAUGAUCACGGAGAACAGCACCAAAGAGACACAGGCGAGAGCAUUUAGCUUAUUUGCUUUCAGUGGAAACCUGGGAAUCUUUCUUGGGCCUAUGCUCGGCGGUGCACUGGCAGAUCCAGCAAUGCAGAUAGGAGGAAUUUUCAGGCGCAUUGAUUUCUUCACCAAAUAUCCGUAUGCUCUGCCAACAUUUAUUUCCGGCAUAGUCGGAGCAAGUGCUGCUAUCUUGUGUGCUCUCUUCGUUAAGGAGACACUGAAGCGGAAAGUCAAGGGGGAUGAAUCGUCGGCCGAAGCUCCUAUGUCAACGAUGGAGCUGAUCAAAAGCCCCGGUGUGCCUAUGGUGCUCUUCCUCUACGGCCAUGUCAUGCUCCUUGGUCUCGCUUACACUGCCGUGGCACCAGUUUUCUGGUUCACCGACAUCGAUUUGGGUGGCUACGGUUUCUCGCCUAGGCAAAUAUCCUUCUUCAUCGGCGGCGGCGGACUCGCUCAAGCCAUCUGGCUCCUCUUCGCCUUCCCAAUGUUACAACGCAGAUACGGUACUGGAGCCGUGUUGCGCGGCUGCCUUUCUGUGUGGCCUAUAUUCUUUGCGUCUGCGCCGCUAUGUAAUAUGUUCUUGAGGAAUGGAUGGACGACUGGUUUCUGGAUCAUCGCGCCAGUACUCCAGAUUGGGGGGAGUGGGGUUGCUAUGGCAUUCACUGGUGUCCAACUCGCACUGAACGAUAUCUCGCCGUCUCCGUCCACACUCGGAACUUUGAAUGGUGUGGCACUCACUAUGACUGCCGGUAUCCGGACCGUCGGACCAGCGAUCUUCACGAGUCUCUUUGCUACCGGAGCGAGGACUCAAGUUCUGAACGGGUAUCUUGUUUGGGUUGUGUUGAUUUCUGUUGCGAUUGCCGGGUCGGCGGCAGUGAGGUAUCUGCCAGAAAAGGCGGAAGGUAAGUUGAAGGACGUUAACGAAGGUGAGGAUGAAGACAUUAUACGAUGAAAUCUAUGACACCUACGAGAGACAUAUUUGCAUUAUACGCGUGGGC